AUGUAUAUAUAUGAUCCUUUGGUGGGGAAAGACCUAGAUCAAGAGAAGUCUAAAGGGUCUUCCCAACUGGAGAAGGUAGUUGCUACGACUAAUGCUGGAGGAAGAGUUUCUCUGCCUCGCGAAUCCAAGUCAGUACACAGAUUUGUUCAGCCAACAUCCAGCUCGUCUCCUCAGAUGUUCAGUAGUAGUCAAAUGAUUACAGUGUUAGUAAAGCUGCAAGACAAAGAGGAGGAGUUUCUAUGUUCUUUUGUUUAUGGUUCAAAUUUCGCCGAUGAUAGGAGGGAGCUUUGGGAUGAUUUGAGGAGUCAUUUUUCUUCUCCCAUCUAUAGACGAAUGCGCUGGUUAGUUAUGGGGGAUUUCAAUGAGAUCCUUUCCAUAGAUGAACAUUCGGGCGAUGGCGAGGGCUCUGUUUCGGCGUCUGGAAUGUGGGAUUUUCAGGACCUGGUUCGAGAAGCUGAUUUGAGUGAUAUGGGGUUUCAUGGACCGUGCUUUACUUGGUGUAAUAAGAGAGAGGAAGGUCUUAUUUGCAAGAAACUGGACAGAUUGCUGAUGAAUGAUCACUGGCUAGACAAUAACUCAAACUCAUACUGUGUUUUUGAAGCAGGAGGAGGUUCUGAUCAUCUUCGGUGCAGGUUCUAUGUCGAUGGAGAAAUGACGAGAAAGAAACGGCCAUUUAAGUUCACAAACGUGAUUGCAAAGUUACCAGAGUUCCAAACGGCUUUGCAGGGGUUAGACGACUCCCCUGUUUCAUUCAACCUCUGCCUUGAGCAACAUCUGCAGAACCCCACAGCUAUAUCUCAGAGGGAGGAAAGCGAAGCUUUUAAACAAUGGGAACAUUCAUCCAACCUUGAGGAGCGUUAUUUAGCGCAAAAGUCUAAGCUAAACUGGUUAAACGCAAGCGAUAAGAACACCAAAGUAUAUCAUCGGGCAAUGAAGAUACGAGAAAUCAGAAAUGGUAUUAGGGAGUUGCAGCUUCAGGAUGGGACAAUGGUAAUGGGAUCGAUGGAAAUUAAAGCAGAGGCUGCUAAUCAUUUUAACUCCUUCUUGAAUCAUCAUCCGACUAAUAUUCAUCAGGUUUCGAUUGAUGAGAUUAGGGAUCUGAUUGAUUAUCGUUGCUCACCUGUUGAUCAACAAAAUCUUGUCGCUGAAGUUACUGAGUCUGAGAUCAAGGCUGUUUUGUUUUCUCUGGCUGCAAACAAGUCUCCUGGUCCGGAUGGUUAUACGGUUGAGUUCUUCAAAGAGUGUUGGCCGAUAAUAGGGAAAGAUAUGGUGGUAGGGAUUCAAUUUUUUUUCUUAAAAGGCUUUCUUCCGAAGGGGGUUAAUUCUACAAUUCUUGCGUUGAUACCGAAAAAAGAGCAAGCUAAGCACAUGAAGGACUAUCGACCUAUUGCGUGUUGCAAUGUGAUCUAUAAGAUCAUUUUGAAGAUCCUUGCGAACCGUCUGAAGGUGAUCUUGUCAUUGUUUAUCGCUCCAAACCAGUCUGCUUUUGUUCAGGACAGACUUCUGAUGGAGAACCUGCUUUUAGCGUCGGAACUGGUUUCGGGAUAUGAUAGAAACACGAUCUCAUCUACAUGUGCUCUUAAGAUAGACAUCUCCAAGGCUUUUGAUUCUGUUGAGUGGAGUUUUAUUUUGACAGUGUUAGAAGCUUUGGACCUACCUCAAGCUUUUGUUCACUGGAUUCGGCUUUGUAUCUCGACAGCCUCGUUUUCUGUCCAGGUCAAUGGAGAAUUAUCUGGGUACUUUGGAGGCUCUCGGGGAUUACGACAAGGAUGCUCUCUUUCUCCUUAUUUAUUCGUUAUAUGUAUGAGUGUGCUCUCAUACAAGCUUGAUAAGGCGGCAAUGGCAAGGAGAUUUGGUUUUCAUCCAAGGUGUUCGAAUCUAAAGCUCACUCACCUCUGUUUUGCGGAUGAUCUUAUGAUCUUCUCAGACGGUAAGCUGCGAUGGAUGGAGGGUAUUCUCCAUGUUUUUGAGGAAUUCUCGACAAUGUCAGGUCUGCAAAUUAGUGCAGAGAAGUCAACUGCUUAUAUGGCUGGAGUUUCUGAUGCGACAAGGCAAGACAUAAGGCAGAGAUUCUCUUUUGAGAUUGGUACUUUGCCAGUUAGAUAUCUGGGUCUUCCCCUUCUAACAAAGCAGAUGCGAUCUCUUGAUUACUCUCCUCUCAUUGACAAGAUAAGAAGCCGUUUUAAUACUUGGACAGCAAGGAGUCUGACAUUUGCUGGAAGACUACAGCUUCUCUCAUCUGCAAAGGAGGAGGGUGGUUUAGGCCUAAAGAACCUAAGCAUAGCGAAUGAGGUCUGUAUUCUGAAGCUGGUGUGGAGACUUAUGACGGCGAGCCAAUCUUUAUGGGUUCAAUGGGUGAGAUCGAGCCUGAUGCGAGGAAAUUCCAUUUGGUUAACACCUAGUCCAACAAAUCAGUCUCCAGGCUCCUGGAUGUGGAAACAGAUCCUACGAAGCAGGGAGUUAGCUGAGGAAUUCGUCAAGGUGGAGGUACACAAUGGUCAACAGACCUUAUUCUGGUAUGACAAAUGGUCUUCAAUGGGGAACUUGUUGUCUAUCUUUGGGGCUCGGGGGUGUGUAGACUUGGGUAUUCCACACAACUCUACAAUGGAAGAAGUGAUUCUCACUAGACGAAGAAGACACCGGAACUCAAUGUUAAAUCAGGUGGAGGAUGCUAUCGAUGUGGUUAAACAGAGAUAUCAAGCAGCAGAGUCGGAUGUUUUCUUGUGGAAAUCAAAAGAUACUUCCUACAAGAGUAUUUUCAGUACUAGAGCGACGAGGACUCAGCUUACACAGCAUAACCCGAAAGUUUCUUGGGCUAAAGGGAUAUGGUUUAAACAUCAUCACCCGAAGUUCAACUUCAUUACCUGGUUAGCCUUGCUCAAUCGUCUUUCGACGGGGGACCGCAUGCAAACAUGGAGUUCAAAUGCUCACGCAGGAUGUACAUUCUGCAAUGAUCCUCUUGAAACACGCGACCAUCUGUUCUUCACGUGUUCUUACUCGGCGAGGAUAUGGUCAAAGCUGUCAAGGGGAAUUCUGCAACAUGAUUAUACGGUUGAAUGGAAUGCUCUAGUAAAUAGAAUUUCGUGCACCCAAAGGAAUCUGGAGGAUAGUUUCAUCAUCAGGUAUCUGUUCCAGCAUACUAUCUAUGCUAUUUGGCGAGAAAGGAAUGCAAGGCGACAUGGCUCACCGCCAACGGAAUGGCUUAGGAUGGUUAAACUCAUUGACAAAGGAGUUCGCAACAGGUUCAGCUCGAUUCGGCUGCUCGGAGAUACCAAAUAUGAAGGGGGACUACAAAGGUGGUUUGCCACUAUCUCUCUCUCGACAUAG